AUGAAGGCUUCGAAUGCCUCUCUAGAUCCUGCUACCGUUGCUGCUGCCGCUACCCCUCCGCAAAUAUCGACACCCAUACCGCUAAUGUCGUCCUCUCCAGCGCCCCUCCGACCCGCGCUUGGCGGUAGGCCCAGCGGAGCACGAACACCGAGACUAGGCCUGGCCAUACCUCCUUCGCCCAAUGUCAAGGCCUUUGGCGGUGCCGUGGGUGGUGGUGUCUCGCGACCCCAGCUCACCGUCCAUGUUGCGACCCCAAUGGGCAGCACCGUCGCCCCUUACGAACAACCGCGCCAGGUCGCUCAACCGGGACAAUCGGCCAGCGGCGGCAGCGAGAGCAGCGCGGCACACUCGAGGUCUGGCAGUUUCGGCCCUCUCGAUGGGAGGGCCAGUAACCCUACCUCUGCAGGCUCCCAGUUCUCCGCCCUCUCGUUCGCAUCACAGUACGGCAUUGGUUCGCGGCCACAGGGAACUCCGGACCCCAUAUCAGCUGUUGGCUCGAUAUACUCCGAGAGAAGUGAAGGAGGUCUGCAGAUGGAACGAGAUGGCAGUAUGCAAGGUCUAGAAAACAGUUUCGACAAGCUCACUCUUGAGAAGGCCAGAAAUGCCGAUGUGGAAGACCUGGACGACGAUGGAUGGAGGAUUGCAAGUCUAGAAAACAGAAUAGUCGAUCUCGGCGGCCUUGGUGAGGGAGCUGGUGGUGCUGUCACGAGAUGUAAUCUGAAAGGGGGAAAGACGGUAUUCGCCCUCAAGGUCAUCACGACAAACCCGGACCCAGAUGUUAAGAAACAGAUUGUCCGGGAGAUCAACUUCAAUAAGGAAUGCGCGUCGGAACACAUCUGCCGCUACUACGGAGCAUUCGUCGACCCCGCCACAGCCACCAUCUCCAUUGCUAUGGAGUUCUGCGAGGGCGGAUCCCUCGACAGUAUCUACAAAGAGGUCAAGCGGCUCGGCGGCCGGACGGGAGAGAAGGUCCUUGGCAAGAUCGCCGAGGGUGUCCUCGGUGGCUUGACGUAUCUCCACAGCAAGAAGAUCAUCCACCGCGAUAUCAAGCCAUCCAAUAUCUUGCUGUGUCGCAACGGCGAUGUGAAGUUGUGCGACUUUGGUGUGUCCGGUGACUUCGGAACCAAGGGUGAAGCCAACACGUUCAUCGGCACGAGUUACUACAUGGCCCCUGAGCGGAUUACAGGCCAGAGCUACACAAUCACUUCGGAUGUCUGGUCGACUGGUGUCACCCUCCUCGAAGUAGCACAGCAUCGGUUCCCGUUCCCUGCUGAUGGAACGGAGAUGCAACCCAAGGCGGGACUGAUAGACCUGUUGACAUACAUUGUGCGGCAACCAAUACCCAAGCUCAAGGACGAGCCGGAUGCCAAUAUCUUCUGGAGCGACAGCUUCAAAUACUUCAUCGAGUGCUGUCUCGAGAAAGAGCCAACCCGCCGGGCAAGCCCAUGGAGGAUGAUGGAACAUCCCUGGAUGGCCGAGAUGCGGACUAAGCGCGUGAACAUGGAGAGGUACCUCUCCCAAGUAUGGGGCUGGGAAGAUACCGCCGCCAAAAAGUGA